AUGCUGCCCGGUGAGGGGAACAACUUCCUGUGCAACCGCUUCCUGUACAGUUCCAGGCGACAGAACCACUCGUUAUAUCUUGUGAUGGGUCUGCACGUGUCGAUCGUGAUCGUGAUCAAUGCUGGUUUUUGUGGGCCCACCAUCGUUGACCCUGAUGACCCACAUUUCAUCAGGGCCUCCCGUCUUCGAACAUUGUUGUGGGGAUAUAUGUAUUGUUAUUUACUGCAUCUUGGGUUCAUGCUCGUGUUCGCCUCCAUCGUUAUCAUCUGCACCAUGCGCCUUCGUCGUAUUCACUUCUACGACAGAUGUCGCAGGCCAUGA